ACCCUGUUUUAUGUUUGCAGAAACCGUGUGACAGGAAGGUUCAGACCAGCUUGUGAAAGAACAUGUCUGCCUUGGAUUAGAUGAUUGACAACAACCAACACUCGGUAUUACUGAAUAUAUUGACAGAAGAUGGCGUCUGGUUCGGCUAUACCCAUGGGUAAGAUUAACGAUGGUUACGAUGACGACGAGGAGGAUCGCCAGAGGAACGAUCUCUCCAGCAGUGGCGACUCCAGCGAUCAACGUGAAAAGCCGCUAUGGAACGUAUUCCGGAAGAAGAACUUUCGGACCCGACACAGGGAUCUUCACUCAUUUCGGACGGAAUCUGCUCAAGGCCGUAAAGAUCCUAACCUACAUUUUCCUGUGUUUCUUUAUUUUCGUGGGAGUGAUAGCGACCCGAGGAUCACUGCAGAUCUUAGUCACGCAGCUGUACAAUGAGAUCAGACAGGGUAACAUCAGAAAUGAUAGAACGGUGACAGAGGACGCCAUCUCGUGGUUAUUGAUAUUGAUCAUUUGUAUCCCGGAUCUACUCAAUGGUACUAUGUGUGCUCUCAGCUUCCUGUUUGGCGAUCGGACGUUACCCGGGACCAAGUGCUUCCAGUUCAUUCUGAUCCAACUGAAGGAAGUACUACACGUUGUUGGGUUGAUGGGAUUGGUGUUUCGAGUGAUGCCCUUCGUCGGUCCCGUGGAGACAUCCGCCAUCUUGGCUGCGAUUCCCGGCAUUCCAACAAUCGUGCAGGCUAUUUUUAUCCGUAAUGUACAUAGGUCAAAGUGGACAAUCAGACUGAUAAUCACCGUCGUCACGGCGCUUGUAAUGAUGGCAUCAGUUGUAGUCAUGUGUGUUUUUAAUGCCGGGAGAGGCAGCAAUUCGACCGAGGACACAGAAUUGAUGAUCUGGAUCAUCGCAUCCUGUGUUUUGUUGUCUCUCAGGUGGGUAGAGACUUACAUAACCCGGAAUAAAGAAGGCACGGAGAACAAGUACAACACGGCGUUAGGAUCCUCGGGAAACGACGGUGAUUCGUUCAACUUCCUCGUGUCGUCUGUUUUACGACUACUCGUCGCCCUUGUCCUGAUAUCGCAAUACUUCUGUCGUGGAAUCCGAGGCAUCGAGACGACAUUCCACUUAUUUAGGAACAUUGAUCAUAGCGGUAACAACGGGGCGGUGGCAAUGCCCCCGUCUAAUUGUACCCCUUCUAACACAACUGUGUGCCCUACUCCAUACCCCUACACUGUGUGGCUACCGUGGGAGAUCCUUCCAUCCUUUCUCGUCCAUUUCUUCUCCUCUGCACUCGUCUACCAUCUAGCAAUCACUGCCUGUAAACUGUGCAUGCAGCGUGUGUGUUUCGCUAUCCCUUUAGUGAUUGCGUCUCCCGUUUACGUCAUUGCCACGUUUGUGUCACUGGAGGCCGGACUGGAUUGGAGUCAAAGUAUGUUUGACGGGAACCGUCCCCAGGCGUCUAACUCCAUAUACAUGGCCCUCGUGGUUUUCUUUGCGGCCUGGAUAGCACAGGUGUGGUCGUGUCGACAGGCCUGGCAUGAACCAACAGAGCGACUCUGCUUCCGGGAAAAACUUUUUGUGAUACCGCACUAUUGUAGUCCCGUCAUCGACCUUUCCCUGCUCCACAGUAGACGGCGCAUGCGUCCUGUAAAUAUGACGCACGGACAGAAGGCGGCAUCUACCAGUAAAAUCUACAUCUGUGCCACCAUGUGGCAUGAGAAUCGCGUGGAGAUGAAGCAGAUCCUCAGCUCCUUCUACCGACUUGACCUGGAUCAGUUUUCUAGAAAGAUAUCCAAAGAAGAAUUAAAAGCCAAAGACCAUGACUACUAUGAGUUUGAAGGUCACGUGCCUUUUGAUGACGCCAUGACAACGAAGGGCAACAAGAGGGUUCCGAAUGAUUUUGUAGAACAGCUGAUCGAAGUUAUCGAUGAAGCCGGAAGUGCUGUUCACGGACGAAAUAUCACCCUGGGACCCCCCGAGAGGGUGAUCACUCCCUACGGAGGGCGACUAGUGUGGACACUCCCCGGAGGAAACAAACUCAUUGUUCAUCUCAAGGACAAAGAUAAAAUACGACACAAGAAACGCUGGUCUCAGAUAAUGUACAUGUACUAUCUCAUCGGAUACGAGAUGCUGGAACAGAACCGACCUUUGUUCGGUAAAGAAUCCAACUUUGAUGACUUUGAUAAGUCUAUCUUUGAAAUGCUCCCGGAGACUGUCAGGAUAUCGGCCGAGAACACCUACUUCCUGGCCCUCGACGGGGAUGUGGACUUUGAACCGGAAGCAAUCCGACUAUUGGUUGACCGGAUGAAGAAAGAUCCGAAAGUUGGAGCUACGUGUGGACGGAUCAAGCCAGGCGGAUCAGGCCCUGUGGUGUGGUACCAGAGGUUCGAGUAUGCAAUAGGUCACUGGCUCCAGAAGUCGGCUGAGCACGUGUUCGGAUGUGUCCUGUGUAGUCCCGGAUGUUUCAGUAUGUUCCGCGCCAAGGCGUUAAUGGACGACAAUGUGAUGAGGACAUACGCUUUACUGCCCACGGAACCCCGACACUAUCUUCAGUAUGACCAAGGAGAAGACCGUUGGUUAUGUACACUGAUGUUGCAGCAGGGAUAUAGAAUAGAAUACUGCGCAGCCGCAGAGGCAUUGACCUUUGCCCCGGAAGACUUUAAGGAGUUCUUUAACCAGCGAAGAAGAUGGCUGCCAUCAACAAUGGCCAACAUCAUCGACCUCCUGGGGAGCAGCAGUCGGACGACGAAGAACAACAGUAACAUCUCCUACCUCUACAUCAUCUACCAAACUGUCCUCCUCGCCUCGUCCAUCCUCGGUCCGUCAACUGUCCUCCUGGCUAUGGAGUCCAGUCUCCGGACAGUGUUCCCAGUAGCAACGUGGGUGUCCUACGUCAUAAUCUACGUGCCAACCAUCAUCUUUAUCUUCAUCUGCCUCAAGUUCAGUAAGAACACUCAGCUGAAUGCCGCCAUGGUACUCAGCGCCCUCUAUGCUUUGUUGAUGAUGGCUGUUAUCGUUGGUAUUAUAGUCAGUAUAGCCGGCGAUGGCUGGUAUACACCCACGGCCAUUUUCCUCUACAUCCUCAUCGCCUCCUUCAUCUUAGCUGGACUGUUCCACCCUCACGAGUUUAAGGACCUUUUAUUCGGUGUGGUCUACUUUAUCUGUAUACCGGCAGGGUACUUGUUCCUGAUCAUCUUUGCCAUCUGUAAUCUGAAUGACGUAUCUUGGGGCACAAGAGAAACACAAAAAGCUGUCCUAGAAAAUCCGAAUCGUUCGAGAAAGCCCAAAAUAAAAGAAGCAGAGGACGAGUUCAGUGAGGCAGCUCAGGACGUGCUAGCGAGCAUUGUGAAGCAGGUAAAAGCUGAAAAGGUCGGAGGGGGCAAUAACUCAUGCAAAGAUGCAUUUUUAUCUAUAUUUAGGUGGGCUAAUAAUCUUGUUGUCCUCAAAUCCUUAUCGACAAUGCAAACCAUAUUCAAGAAUGACCCGGAUAUGAGUGACGAAACAACUCCCGCUGGUCAUCCAUUACGGCAAGGUUUCAGCAUUUACAGGAAAACGCUCAAAGUCAAGCAAAGCAGCCAUGCAAUCGACGAUGAGUCGUGGGCCAAGAAAUCGCCACAAAGGGUUUCCGACAAGGAAGACUCGUUUUGGAAGGACUUAAUUCAGACAUAUCUCUAUCCUCUUGACCACGACGAGAAGCAGAAACGGGAAGUAUCAGAAAUGUUAGAAGAUUUUCGAAAUCGUAUUUCGUUUGGAUUUUUCUUCGUGAAUGGCUUGUGGGUGGUCAUCAUGACAGCAAUGACCCAAGUCAAGGAAUCCGUUAGUGUAACCGUGUAUCUGCGUGACAUGUAUACAUUUGAGUUUGAGCCACUGGGAUUUGUCUUUCUCAUGAUAUUUGCCGUUUUGUUGCUUAUGCAAAUGGUUGGUAUGAUUGCCCAUAGACACGAGACACUACUGCACGUGCUUGCCGCCACCGAUCUGCGCUCAGAUUCCGACGGCAUGCUGGCCGCACGCAAAAAGAUACAGGAAAUGUCGUCUAAAGGAGAUGAAAGUGGAGAAGUCGACUUGGAGUUCUCUACUGGGGGAAUUGACGUAGAGUCUGUAGAAAACCCAGAGGAUCUCGAAGAAAUUUAUGAAGACUUCCAAUUGGUAACCGAGAAGGUUGAAAGAAAACCGAGGAUAAAACAGCGACUUGACCUGGAUCGAAACUACAGAAAGACUGUUAGGAAUAUGAAACGACGACAGACACAGAGAAAACAGACCAAUUCACGUGUCAACUGGAAAGGGCGUGGCACUAACGGUGACGUAGAUGCGUGAGAGCGAGACGUCCGCGUGUUAUGUUUCGUAGAUGCGUGAGAGCGUGACGUCCGCGUGCUUGACAAUCAUGUACAUAUAUUGGCCAAUACACUUUCUCGUUGCGUAUAUGUGCAUCAUAAACGUAAUUCAAAGUAAGAGAUUCCGAAUUAUAUUCUAUUAUACUACUUUAUAUAAUGUGAUAUUAAAUAAAUAUGUAUGAAUAUAAGAUAACACUGCAUUAAGAUAUAUUACACUAUCGUAAUGUAGGCUAAGUUAGAAAUUAGUGUUAAGUCACUUUCGUCUCAUGACAUGAAUAGAGAAAAAAUGAAAAGUAUAAAAAAUAUAAGAAUAUUUUUUAAUAUAUAUUUGUUAACCGAUUCUGUGAUAUUUGAAGUAAUGUUGUUAUGUGUCGGCAUAAACGUUGUUGUAAGGAAUUAUAUUUUUCUGAGUGACUGAUUUAUCAGCUGGUGUAUCUAUUAGAUGUACUAACCCCUAGUCAGUAAACAGGGUUUAAAGUCAUCGGUGGCACCAGAAAAAUACAAGUACACAGUGGCAUGCAUACCUCACCACAGAGACUCUUUUCAAUCAACAUGGCGGUU